GUCUCAGACUCUCAGUUCUUCCAUGUUUAUAAAUUGCCAUUCUUGUAGAAGACAUGAUUCCUCCUUUAAUUUUCGGCCAUUGAUACGCUUGAAGGUUUUGCAGGCGUAGGUUAGUUAACUUCCUUACCCCGGCGCUUCCCAGAUUUUCGAGCCGUGGAAUCACCAUCAGAUCACGAUCAGUUUUCUAUCCAAAUAGUUGAGAAGUUCGGAAUUCUCAACUGUUUCAAUGGAUAUCUCUCAAAAUGGAAGUGUUAAGAAUCAAGAUCAACGAUGCAGUGUAUCUGAGAUUGAAGAAUGCGAUUUCUCAAAGCUAGCGGAGAAACCAAGGACUCUGAAUAUAGAGCGGCAGAGGUCAUUUGAUGAGAGGUCUCUCAGCGAAUUAUCUAUUGGUUUCUCCCCUCGACUGUAUGCUAGUAAAACCGACAAUUACUCCCGGAUAAUGGACCAUUUUGACAAUGUAUUUUCUCCGGGUAGAAGGUCUGGCUUCAACACCCCUAGUUCACAACAACAUAGCUUCGAGCCUCACCCCAUGGUUGCUGAAGCAUGGGAGGCCUUGAGACGUUCUUUGGUCUACUUUCGUGGUCAACCAGUAGGGACUAUUGCUGCCUUGGACCCUUCUGAUGAGGAUCUUAAUUAUGAUCAGGUGUUUGUGAGAGACUUUUUCCCUAGUGCCCUGGCCUUUUUGAUGAAUGGUGAACCUCAAAUAGUCAAGAAUUUCAUUUUAAAAACUUUACGCCUCCAAUCAUGGGAGAAAAAAAUUGAUCGCUUUAAGCUUGGAGAAGGAGUGAUGCCAGCAAGUUUUAAAGUACUCCAUGAUCCUGUUCGGAACUAUGAAACUUUAAUUGCAGAUUUUGGUGAGAGUGCAAUAGGAAGAGUUGCUCCUGUUGAUUCCGGGUUUUGGUGGAUUAUAUUGCUCCGUGCAUACACAAAGUCAACAGGAGACUCCUCCUUGGCUGAAAUGCCAGAAAUUCAAAAGGGUAUGCGCCUUAUUCUGAGUUUGUGUCUUUCAGAGGGAUUUGAUACAUUCCCGACCUUGCUCUGUGCUGAUGGAUGUUGCAUGGUUGACCGUAGAAUGGGUGUUUAUGGUUACCCUAUUGAAAUACAAGCACUUUUCUUCAUGGCUUUAAGAUGUGCUCUGCUUUUACUUAAGCAAGAUGUCGAGGGCAAGGAGUUUGUAGAGAGAAUAGUUACACGCCUCCACGCCUUGAGCUAUCACAUGCGUAGUUAUUUUUGGCUUGAUUUAAAGCAGCUUAAUGACAUUUAUCGUUUUAAAACAGAGGAGUAUUCUCACACCGCAGUCAAUAAGUUCAACAUCAUGCCUGAUUCUCUUCCAGAUUGGGUGUUAGAUUUUAUGCCGACACAUGGAGGUUACUUUGUUGGAAAUGUCAGUCCCGCGAGAAUGGACUUCCGUUGGUUUUGCUUGGGUAAUUGUAUUGCAAUUUUGUCCUCUCUGGCAACCCCUGACCAAUCUACAGCAAUAAUGGAUCUCAUUGAAUCAAGAUGGGAGGAAUUGGUUGGAGAAAUGCCACUAAAAGUUUGUUAUCCUGCCAUAGAAAGUCAUGAAUGGCGAAUUGUGACAGGUUAUGACCCCAAAAAUACCAGGUGGAGUUACCACAAUGGAGGAUCUUGGCCAGUGCUUCUGUGGCUUCUCACGGCUGCAUGCAUCAAAACUGGGCGUCCACAGAUUGCAAGACGUGCCAUAGAACUUGCUGAGAGCAGAUUGUUGAAAGACAGUUGGCCUGAAUAUUAUGAUGGAAAACUUGGCAGGUACAUUGGGAAGCAGGCUCGUAAAUUCCAGACCUGGUCCAUUGCAGGUUACUUGGUAGCAAAGAUGAUGCUCGAAGACCCAUCUCACUUGGGUAUGGUUUCUCUUGAGGAAGAUAAACAGAUGAAACCUUCCAUUAAAAGAUCUGCUUCAUGGACUUGUUGAUUCUCUCUCUUUCUCUCUCUCUCUCUCUCUCUCUCUCUCUUGCAGAGUAUAUACAUGUAUCUGAUGCUUAACCUUCGGCUGGGAUUGCUGAAAUGAAGCUGCAAGUUCUUUUAAGUU